GGAAAAAGGUUCGAUAGAUUACUUGCAAUGAAUCACGACGAAUUUACGCUGUAAAACUUUUUAUGUAUUUUUUAAAACUCAUUCUGUAAAUAAACAGGAAGUUCUAUAUAUGGAGGACAACAUAUAUAGUUUGAGAGAGAACAAAAAUCGAAGUCGACCAAAAACACAGCGCCCUAAAGAAUGGACGGACCAUGACUUCGCAUUACAAAACUCGAACGAGUCAUCUAAAAGUGAGAGUUCCGAAAAAAAGAAUUUGUGGCAAAAACUAAAGAGCCUUCUCGGGGCUAAACGACAGGUGCAGCAGCCCACAGAACAUACACCUGUUGUUGACGGAAGACCAAACUCGGACCCAUCCGAUCACUGGGAUACAAUUAUGAGCUACCGAAGACACCGGACCUCAACGAACCAGCCACAGCCUAUGUCAGACGUAGCCACGCCCACUCGAAAAGCUCGAGACGAAAACUCGAUUCCGAAGUCUCAGUCUCAGUGGCAGCGAGCUUUUAAGAAGAUCUCCGAGAAUAAAAAGGCGGAAACCAAAGGCUCACCAGUAUUAGCAAUAGGGGAUAUGGACUCAGACAACAACGGCAAUAGACCUAUACUGGGCGGAUCUCGGAUGGAGUUUUGGGGAGCGGAAGGAUUUCGUUUUUCUCCUCCCUCUGCCUCUGUUAUUUCUGAACAGAGUACAGAAGAACUAUGGACUAUGUCAUCGUAGAGAGAGAGAGAGAGAGAGAGAGAGAGAGAGAGAGAGAGAGAGAGAGAGAGAGAGAGGUUAUAAAAAACAUUGAUGUUUUCCGAAUGUUAUUGAGUUGGAAUGAAAUCUGUAGUUUAUAAUUUUUUCAAUUGAUAUUGCCUUUAAAAUAUAUUAUAUUAACUUAAG